AUGACAACCGUUCAGAAAACAGUAAAUAUUGAGCUCUUGUUGAAAGACUUGGUCCGUAGUGCUAUGGCAAGGGCAUUUCCUCAACUCUCUCCUUCUUUGCCUGAUCCACUUAUCACUACGGGUAAGAUGACUGACUAUCAAUGCAACAAUGCUAUGGGUCUCUCAAAGCAACUUGUUCAGGCGAAUCCACCCAUCAAAAUGAGUCCGCAAGCAGUUGGUGAAGAAAUUAAGAAUUAUUUACAGGAAAACGAUCUUAUCGAGAAGUUUGAGCCAACAAACAAAGGAUUUAUCAAUGUUACUAUUCGUGACGACUGGCUCGCGAACAUGGCCCACGAAGUGUUGCUUAGUGGAAUCAACCCCCCAACAGUACCCACGCAAAGAGUGUUGGUGGACUUUUCUUCUCCUAAUGUUGCCAAAGAAAUGCAUGUCGGUCACUUGCGGUCUACCAUUAUUGGAGAAUGUCUGUGCCGUCUCUUUGAGUUCUGCGAUUUCGAGGUCCAUCGAAUCAACCAUGUUGGCGACUGGGGAACGGCUUUCGGCAUGCUUAUUUUAUACCUGAAGCGCAACUACCCCAAUUUCGUCACGAAUCCACCGGAUAUAUCGGACCUUACGGAUUUGUAUCGCGCCUCCAAGGUAUGCUUUGAUGAAGACCCGGAGUUCAAGGAACAAGCCCGCUUGGAAGUGGUGAAGCUGCAGGCUAUGGAGGAGGAUUCCCUAAAGGCUUGGAAGCUAAUUUGCGAUGUGUCGCGCAGUGAGUUCAGCAAAGUUUACGAGCGCCUUGGUGUGAGAAUUAAGGAACGUGGCGAAAGUUUCUAUAAUGAUUUGAUUCCAGUGGUGCUAAAGUUGUGUGAAGAGGCUGGUCUUAUCGAGGAGAGCGAUGGCGCAAAGUUGAUCAUCAGUAAAGUCAAAAAAAACUUGAACGAAUUGGACUCCAAGGAUAUGACGAGGCUGGCUGCUCAACAUCUUGCGCAACUGAGUAAGGAUGGGCAGAAACAUUACCAUCCAAAUUUACUCUUGGCAAUGAAGAAAUGCGGAAUUCUCAGUGGGGAGCCAGGGCAGGAGGUCGUGAUACUCUCAAAGAAGGAACAAAAACCGUGGAGUACGUUUGAUAUUCGAAAGGAUUUGGAUAAGCUGAUGACUAAGCUUGAACCUCUAUACAAGGGAAACUUAGACCCCCUCUUUCGUGAAGUCUUUGAGGAGAAGAAUCUUAUUGACGAUGAUGUCAUCGCCGUGCCUCGCUUCUCCUUUCCUCUCAUGGUCAUGAAGAGCGAUGGUGGCUACACUUAUGAUACAACUGAUUUGGCCUGCAUUUAUCAUCGAUUUGUGAUGGAGAAAUGCGAUCGUGUUAUUUAUUGCACUGACGUUGGACAAUACGAGCACUUUCUCAUGGUUAUUCAAGCAGGCAAGGAUAUGAACUGGUUAGGCAAUUCCACCUGGGACCACGCUGGGUUUGGCCUUGUCACCGGUGUGGAUGGGAAGAAAAUUAAAACUCGCUCCGGUGAGACGGCGAAACUCAAGGAUUUGUUAGAUGAAGCAGUGGCGCGUUCACUUUCGAUUCUGAAUGAGCGAGAGAUGAGUGACCGAGCUCAGGGACACACUAAAGAAGAAGCAGAAAGGCUUUCCAAUAUUAUUGGGAUUGGUGCCGUCAAGUACUUUGAUCUGAAACAAACCAGAGUGAACGAUUAUGCGUUUAAUUUUGAAAAGAUGCUAGACAUGUCUGGUAAUACUGCUGUAUAUUUGCUUUAUCAAUACGCUCGUAUUUGCUCUAUAAAGCGCAAGGCGGACGUCGAUAUCGAGAAGCUGAAGCAAACAACGAAGAUCUCCAUAACUACCCGUAGUGAAAGACAGUUGGCACUUCAAAUUUUUCGUUUUCAGUCAGUCAUUCUCAAGACGCUUGAGGAUUUGUAUCCACAUCACCUUACAGAUUUUGCGUCUGAACUAAUGUCGUGUUUUUCAGAUUUCUUCACAAAUUGUCGUGUUAUUAACGAUCCAUUACAGGAUAGUCGUUUGUGUCUCAUCGAACUUACCCGUGAGACUCUUAAGAAGACGCUAGACAUUUUAAACAUUGAGGUGGCGGAAAAAAUUUAA